AUGUCAGGUAGCACAGAACCAGUUCCUGAUGAUUUGGAAGAUAUUUUCGGUUUUAAAGCAGCCAAAGAAAGAUUGGAGCAAGGCACAAAACUAACGAUUCAAAAUCCAGAUAAUAAAAAUGACGCAUCUUUUAUUAAACACAGAGUGUUCAUGAAUUGCGUGGAUUCUUUUAAUAGCCGUUAUAUUGCUGCUGUAAAUCAAAUAUAUGGGGCUUCGCGUAUCAUAGGUAUGGAUGAGGCGCAGGGAGAGGAAGAAGCCAACCAAAACAUGGAGGUAAUUCCACAGAACAAAUAUGAAGUAAUAGGAACCAUGCAGUUUGGUUUUCAUAAACCUACAGAAGAUAUUUUGUUUACUCUUUCUGACGAGGACGAGGAAAAAUUUCACGUUGAGUUGCUAAAAUGCGGAUAUAUAAUCUAUGAUAUUACACAGAAUCCAGAUGAGAUUAAAAAGGCGAUAAAUACGUUAAACUUUCUUGAAGCAGAAAUUGAAAAAAUUAAAGAAAUCGGACCAAAAACGUUUAGUCGUUUAGAAGAAGAAAGAAUAUUUAUUUUAAUAUCCACUGUAAUGACUUGGGGAAAAACAAAACCAUUAAAUCCUAGAGAUCCAACAUUGGCUUAUACAGAAUCAAAAUACAAAAAAAGAAAAGCUCAUCCCAAUUAUGAAGAUCACAUUGCUUGUGAACGGGAAGUUGUCUUAAGAGGAAGAAAGGAUAAGGACCAUUUAAAAACUUAUGUAGUUUGUUCUGGGAUUGUAUAUGGGGAGGAGGAGCUAGACUUAACUCCAAUUUUCAAAUUAGCCUGGCUUAACGAGUCCUAUUUACCGUGCUUUUACCCUGGAACAAACUCUGUUCCAUUAAUCCAUGUAGGAGAUCUAGCUCGAGUACUGCAUAAGCUGAUGGAUAUUAACCCUGGGACUCCUCAGUACAUCUUGGCUGUAGAACCAUCUCCAACAUCUUUAAAAAAAAUUCUGGUCGCUCUAUCGAAAGCACUGGGUAGCGGAAGAACUAAAAAUGUAUCUCAGGCAGAAGCUUUUUUGUAUAAUGAGUUCAACCAACGUUUUUUCGACCUCUGCACUCUCGACAUAAGAAUGGAACCUGAGUUUGUAUCAGACGCUUUGCAAGUAGAUUGGCAGACGGAGUUAAAUAUAGCCCAAAAUAUGAAAAGAAUUGCCGAGCAGUUUGUGAUCAAAAGACACUUAAUAUCGAAGAAAAUAAUACUUCACGGACCUCCAGCCAGUGGAAAAACCAGAUUAGCCAAAAUGCUUGCCGAAAAGUACGGUCUGCAUUAUAUUUCAAUCGCCACCAUGAUUGAAGAUAUUGUGGAGAAUUUGAGAAAUAACAUAGAGGACGAACAACUGCGUUUGGAGGAAGCUCGCGAACGCGCCAAAGAAAAGGAAAUCCUAGAAAAAGACGAUGAAGAUGAAGAAAUCGAUGAAGAAGAAAUGGAGGAGGAAGACGUAGGUGGAAACAUUGAGGAGUGGGAAGAACAAAUUCGUGAGAUUAGAGUUGUUUUUAAAGAGAGUCCCGAUCAAAAAAUACCAGAUGAAAUGGUAAUUAGAUUGCUGAGAAGUUAUUUGCUGCAGAACAAAUGUCAAUAUCAAGGAUAUGUAAUCGAUGGAUAUCCGAAAACGUAUCAGCAAGCCGAACGGGUCUGGGACAUCCAUAGAACGUCAAGUCUAGACCCGGUCCGGCUUAGCCUUAUUAGGCGUAUUUUGGACGUCCAAAAUACGCCUAUCCAGGCUAAGCCGGACUGGGUCUAG